AUGUUUAGAGUAGACCGUGAUGAGCCUCUAUCCUCAAUGCUGCCUACACUGGGUUCGUUCUCUCCUAAACCGUUUGUGAUUCGUUUCCAGCCUCACAUCACUUUGCAAUCUGCGAAAACUAAGGCAUCCUGGGCAGAUGAAACCAUGAUUGAACAGAUGAAUCAACAACAACUCCCCUCUGUUGAACCACUCUCUCCUAUUAUCGACCUUUCAACAGAUCAUAUCUAUAACGAUACUGCUAUAGUAGCUCGACCCCAAGCUCCCUUAUCAUUGCACACAGUACUUUGGUCUCGAGAGCAGGAUCAAAAGUAUCCCUGGACGAAGUGA